GGGAGAGGGUGCUGCAAAUAUUGCACUCAUGUAGCCGGUGGUAGAUGUUGUGUACAAACCUUUUAAUCUGGGGAACUUUUAUUCGGUUACGCUUGGAGGUCGUUGUUUGCGAAUGUGGCCAUGAAUCCCGCUGAGCAGACAGUUACGUGGCUCAUUACAUUGGGGGUCCUGGAAUCCCCGAAAAAGACCAUUUCCGACCCAGAAGGAUUUUUACAGACAUCUCUCAAAGAUGGGGUGGUCCUUUGCAAGCUGUUGGAGCGACUGCGCCCGGGGUCUGUCGAGAAGAUUUGUCAGGAACCAAGGAAUGACUCCGACUGCCUGAGCAAUAUCAGAGAGUUCCUCAAAGGCUGUACUGCAUUCCGCGUGGAGACAUUUGAGGCCAAUGACCUAUUUCAGGGACAGAACUUCACCAAAGUGUUAAAUUCCUUGGUAUCAUUGAAUAACGCUACUGCAGAUAUUGGGCUGGGUGGAGACUCUGUAUGUGGGCGUCACUCCUCCACCCAUCGGAUAAAGUCCUUCGAGUCGCUCUCCUCCCACUCCACCCACGGCCGCUCCUCCAGACUCCAGCACCACCAGUACAGAAGCCUGGACAUGUCGGACAGCGGUGGGCAGUACGUGCUGGUCAAGGCGCGCUUCACCUUCCAGCAGACCAACGAGGACGAGCUGUCCUUCAGCAAGGGCGACCUGAUCCAGGUGAUGCGCCAGGAGGACGGGGGCUGGUGGGAGGGCAGCCUCAACGGCAGGAGCGGCUGGUUCCCUAGCAACUACGUGCGCGAGGUCAAAGACAAAUCAGUUUCUCCCAAGUCAGGGACGCUGAAGAGCCCCCCCAAAGCCCCGGAAACUACUGCCAUUAACAAGACCUACUACAAUGUGGUGCUGCAGAACAUUCAGGAGACGGAGGCCGAGUACUCCAAGGAGCUGCAGAGCCUGCUGUCCACUUACCUCCGGCCACUGCAGGCCUCGGACAAGCUCAACUGCACUGAUAUCGGGCACAUCAUGGGGAACAUCGAGGACAUCUGCACCUUCCAGCAGAUUCUGGUCCAGUCGCUGGAGGAAUGUGCCAGACUUCCAGAGAGCCAGCAGAGGAUCGGGGGCUUCUUCCUGAGCCAGAUGUCCCAGUUGAGGAGUCUGUAUGUGGCCUACUGCUCCAACCACCCUUCAGCCGUCAGUGUGCUCACCCAGCACAGUGAGGAGCUGGGUGAGUUCAUGGAGUCCAAAGGGGCGUCCAGUCCGGGCAUCCUCACCUUGACCACAGGGCUCAGCAGGCCCUUCAUGAGGCUGGACAAAUACCCCACCCUGCUCAAGGAGCUGCAGCGACACGUGGAGGACUACCACCCAGAUCACCUGGAUCUGCAGAAGAGCAUGACGACCUUCAAAAGCCUCUCAACGCAGUGCCAGGAGGUGCGUAAGAGGAAGGAGCUGGAGCUGCAGAUUCUGACGGAGACGAUCCGCAGCUGGGAGGGGGAGGACAUUAGGACCCUGGGGAGUGUGCUCUACAUGUCCCAUGUGGCCGUCCUCAGCCCGGGCAGUGAGGAGAAGCAGGAGCGCUACCUCAUGCUGUUUCCUCAUGUUCUCCUCAUGCUCUCUGCCAGCCCCAGGAUGAGUGGCUUCAUCUACCAGGGGAAGCUGCCCCUGACGGGUGCGGCCGUCACGCGACUGGAGGACAGCGAGCAGCUGAAAAACGUGUUUGAAAUAUCAGGGAGUAUGAUUGACAGGAUUCAGGUGGCGUGUAGCAGCCAGAAUGAUCUGCAGGAGUGGGUGGAGCAUCUUCACAAACUGACCAAACACACAUCUGGACCAACCAGCAUCAAGCCACAGUCUGUGCCCUGCCACACGCUCCCCUCUCACCCCGUCACUCCAUCCCGGCAUUCGGAGAGUCGCGGGGCGCCGGGUUCCCCCGCCUACCACACCCUCCCGCACCACUCCAUCCACGGCUCCCCCUACAGCGCCACCUCUUGGCGGCCGCUGGAGCCGCCCAAGACGCAGAAGCCCUGGAGCCUCAGCUGCCUCCGCCCCGCACCCCCCCUGCGGCCCUCCGCCGCACUCGCCCUCAAAGACGACCAAAGCAGAAGCCCCAAGAGUGUCAGGAAGCUGAGGCUGCGCAAGUCGGAGCGGAAGCCCUCGGAUGACGAGUUUGGCACGAGGAAAAGUACAGCAGCACUAGAGGAGGAUGCUCAGAUCCUGAAGGUCAUCGAGGCCUACUGCACCAGCGCCAAAACACGACAAACACUCAACUCCAGCUCCAGGAAGGACUCUGGACCUCACAUGCUCUUCCCAGAUGAGGAGAAGAUCAUCGUGGAGGAGACCAGGAGCAACGGGCAGACCGUAGUGGAGGAGAGGAGUCUGGUGGACACGGUGUACGCUUUAAGGGAUGAGGUGCAGGAGCUGAAGCAGGACAAUAAGAGGAUGAAAAGAACACUGGAGGAGGAGCAGAAGGCGCGGAAGGAGCUGGAGAAGAUCGUCAGGAAAGUGUUGAAGAAUGAUCCCACUUGGGACGAGACCAACCUGUGAACACUUUCAAGGUCGUCGGAGGGAUUGUGCGGAUUCAAGGUCGUCGAUGAGGGAUUGUGCCGAUUCAGUCAGUACAUCUGAAGCAGUUGAGCCCAUUGACUAGAGCCAUGCCAAAGCUUUAAACUGGAGGAGUGCUUAUGACGAGCCUCGGAGUGAAACGAGGUGGACUUGGAACUUGAGCCCGUUGAGUCUGUUGAGCCCAUAGACUGUAUAUAUUCUAUAUUCUAUACAUUACAUACAGUAUGUACACUAUAUAGUCUAUGGUUGAGCCAGCUCCCAUCCAAAUGCACCUGCCUGUGGGUCCAAUCCCAGCCCUUACUGUACACGUGAGUCUCAGCUCAUCCCGGAUGUUUCCAAUGGAAAACUGCGCCGUACAAAACUGGAAACUUUUCACAUUGACUUCUUUUCCAAUUUGCUUUUUUUUCUGAGAUAUUGUGUUUUCUUUUUAAUUACCUCAAUUUUUUAGCUCUUUAUAUGUUAUUUGAUUUUUUGGGUUUUUACUUAUUUUUUGAUGAUUUUCUGUAAGAUUUCCUUCCCUUUGUAAUUUUAUUAUGUAUAUAAUAUAUAUAUUAAUACACCCUUUGUAUUAUAAAUGAUGCUAAGAAAUGUGCCUUUGAAAUCAAUUUCCUAAAAUUGUUUGCAUUUCUAGCAGUUUUCUUAGCAUUUCAAGUGAUCUUGAACGCACUAUUCAUUUAAAAUGAAAACAAACAAAAAAAUGAAUGCAAAUCUACUUUUCUGCCGAAUUGUCUAUAUUCUUCAACUAAUUUAUGUAUUUAAAAGAAAUCUUGUGAUGACAGGACUGUAUGAGAUGACGGGUUGAGGUCCUCUUAUUCCUCAAGCUCGCUCACGUUAGCUGGUCCUCCUCUCUUCUCUUCUCCUGAGAGCGAGGCACCUUCCCCCUCUCUUUCUUCUCCUCCAUCUCUGUUUCUCUCUAUCACUCUCUCUCUCUCUCUCUCUGUGCUGUCCCCUCCCUGGAGCUUGUAGCACUGUGUCUGAGGAUUAAAUCUGUAA